UCGCGUUGAUAGGAUGCAAACCAUUGCCAACGUUGGCCGCACAGUGAAGUUCUCUUCUUCUUUUUUUGAUAGCUCGAUUUAUUUGUGAGCAAUAAUUGGCAAGUGAUAAAUUUGAGUAAAUUUAUUGUGAAUUAAUUAAUGACAAAGUGAUUAAGUUGAUCUUUGCGACAAGAAAAAAACGGAGAAAAAAAAGUACUAAUACGUUAUUUGUGUUUAUGCUCAAUUGAAAAUGUUCACGGUUUUUGAAUGUGAUUUUUAAUUUUUCAUUUUGCAAUAAAACACACAAAAAAGAAACCGAAAAUAUGGAUCAACCAGCCCAAGUUGAGAGUAAAUCGCCACCAACGGAAGUGAAUAAACCGGCCGAUUUAUCUUUAACACGUAUUCCAAAGUGUCCGAAACCAUUUUCAAUAGAAAGUAUUAUAUCAACGAAUGCCAAUAAAUCACUGGACUUAGAACCAAAUACACCGCCAAAUUAUGAAAAACUACCAAAUCCAAAUAUGUAUUUUCCAUCAAAUGUUUCAAUGGCUGCCGCAGCUUCACUCUAUAAUCCAUGGUUUCAUAAUUAUUUUAUGCAACAACAAAAAGCCGCUGGAAAUAUGCUCGAAAUGAUGCAGCUGAAUCCGACAAAUCACAGUGCGAUUAAAGAAAAAUUCACCGAAAUAUUCGCAAAUAAUUCGGGACCGUUAACUGAUAGUCGAGGCGCAUUUUUGACCAUCGAUCCGUCGGAUCGGAAUGUACCACCAAUCGUACCGCGAUCGAUUGAACAGUACUUUGGUGGUGUGGAUAAUAUUCAUGAGAUGCGACUCAAUGAAAUGAUCUCCAGUGCAAAUAAUGACUAUUAUAAACACUUAAGUUCGUAUGGCAUCAAUUGCAUUAGCCAACAACCCGGUGAUAAUUUGGUGGAACAGUGCAAAAGUCAAUUAACCACAAACGGUGAUGAAAUCGAAACAAAUUUUCAGAAAAAUAACGACAAAGAACGGUAUAGUGACUAUGAUAAAGGUGGACGAAACGAUGAUAGUGGUGCAGAUGAAAACGGCGACGACGAUGUUGAUAGUGAUUGCAAUAGUGAAAUUAGCCUGGAUAUGUCACCCGACGGCGACAAUAAUACACAAGAUCAAUUCGAUAGUGAUUGUUCAGGUGAGGAUGUGGCCAAUGGAUCCGGAUCAAAUCGAUCAAAUUCAAAGCAUAAUUCAAAAUCACGACGACGACGAACCGCAUUCACGUCCGAACAAUUAUUAGAAUUGGAACGAGAAUUCCAUGCAAAAAAGUACCUAAGCCUUACCGAACGAAGUCAAAUUGCGACCACUCUUAAACUGAGUGAAGUUCAAGUGAAAAUAUGGUUUCAAAACCGUCGUGCCAAGUGGAAACGAGUUAAAGCUGGCUUAACGUCGCAUGGAAUGAGCAGAAGUUCGGGUACGAAUUCUGGUACAACAAAAAUUGUCGUACCAAUACCGGUGCAUGUGAACCGUUUUGCAGUGCGAUCACAACAUCAGCACAUGGAAAAGAUGGCAUUAUCCGGUCCAAAACCAAUAUUAGGCAAAAAUAUCGGCACCAACAAUAAAUUCGAAAAAAUUGGCGGCUUUGAGCGAUUUAAUAUUUUACAAAAUUCGUUAAAAAUUGAACAAAAAAGCUAUGUGCAAAGUACAUGAACAACAAAAACUAAGUAUAUAUAAAAAAAAACUUUAUUAAAAUCGAAUCAAAUCGAAUUGAUGAAGAAAUGAUGCAUGUGUGACCUGUUUAAAUCUGUUUUCAAAGUCAUUUCGGAGUGUAAACGAUUGCAAUUUUGGCCAAAUACAUUAAACACAGAUACAAAAAUAGACAAAUAUUUUUUGGUAGAGAGAGAGAGUGAGAGAAAUCCAAAUGUUUAUAAAAUAGAAAAUAACCUAUAAAAUAAGAAUCAUAUCAAUUGUAAAUCAUUUAUAGACUUGAAUGGAAUUCAUCUGCCAAAUUUUGUAGAAUAAGUCGACCUGCUACAAAACAGCGAUCGCGUAUGUGUGCGCGCACCAUAUCAACCAUUCCAAAUUAUCCAACAAUAGACGAAAUAAACCACCGACCAAUUGGCUGCCGCAUAUUUUUAGGCAGGAUCUCAGAAAAUAUUAUUUGAUUUAAUUUAUUAAAGUGGAAAUUCCCAAGGGGACGAUUAGAAUCGAUGACGAGCGUAACGAUAUUUCAUCAGUCGUUCAGUUAAUGAAUCGGAUGACACACAACGAUCGAUGCUGAUCAACUAUUCCUAUCGUCCUCAUAGGACCAACUUUACAGAGUAACAAAUAAAGUAAAGUACAUUUUAAAUGAUUAAUUCAGAUUUGGAUUUUGAUGCAAUUUACCAUAGAGUUAUCGCUUCAUUACAUCAAUUUCUUUUCCACAGUGUAUCAUGGUUGGUUGCUCGCUAAAUUUAUCUCUUCAAUUGUGAUGAUCGCAUAAACAUAUCGGAUAAAUGUCGUACGAUCACUUUAAUUAUUACAAGAGGUUUUUUUCUAUAUUCAUUCAAAAAAAUGAUAUCUGAAAAAUCAUGCCGCUUCUUUCACUUUCAAAAUUAGUGAACGCACUACCAUUAUAUCCAAUUAAAACAAUUUCAUACGAUUAUCACAAAGAGUGAUUUACAUAGCAGUGUAACCAAUUUUUUUUUUGUUAUAAACACCGCAAAUUUUUCGUUUUGAAACAAUUGCCCAUCAAAUCCAUGCCAAUUUGUUCAGUGUUGUUCUGUAACUGUACUUAAUUUAGUAAAGCUAAUUUAAUAUUGUCUUAAGUUAUUCGGAGCGAGAAUAAAGAAUACAAAAAAA